ACCAAAAAUGGUCAUUCAGCGAAGUUGGAAAAUUCCCACCGAUGUGGGGGGUUCCUUAAACACUAACAACACAUCAGCGAACGAAGUGCAGCAGCGUUCUUCUCCGGGCAUGCAACUGCAGGCAGCAAACUCCUCCUCAGAUGACUCCGACUGCUCCAAUCAAACCACUCAUUCGAUGGACACUCGGGUGGCCAGUCCAGUGGAGGGGAGAAAACCGGCGGACAAGGAUGCGACUGCAGAAAACAACACAAUCACGUUGUCGCUGCUGGGCGAGUCCACAUCCUCGGAUGCGGAGUCCUCGCAGAAAUAUGUUACCACUCCAGAAAUGGCGGAGAACAUGUUGCAACGCAUUCGCCAACGACUCGGUGGUUCACACAACACGGAAAGUGGCGGCAGUGCGGAGUCGGCCAUGAGAGCUCUGGAACUUCUGAGGAUUAGUGUACAGCAAACCUUCGAUGCGGAGGUCAAUGAGAUAAUCAAACGUUAUAUGCAAAACUUCUUUAAGCCCGCCUUUGGCAAUAUCAAGGAGAAUCUUGGUCAGCAUUCGGUGAAUGAGGAAACGCUGCAGAAGAUGUCAUCAUGUGCUUUGUUGGAGAAUGCCAAGGCUCAGUACACGAACUUUGUGCGCCAGCAUCGCUUGGUGCCUGGAGCCUCAGAACAGCAGCGCUUGGCACUCAAACGCACAGCCAAGCAGGAGAUUAACCCAAUUAACAAAGUAUUUGCUGGAAACACCGGCUUUGUGGCCACCAAACCCAUGCCCUGCACGGCGACCACGGCCAACCAGUUGCCAAUCCAGAACCAACAACCUGCUGCACAAAUUUUGCCACCUCAACAACCGGAGUUGCAAACAGUUCAGCCUCUGCAGCAACAGCAGGAACCAAAUCAGGCACAAAACCAACAGCAACAGCAGCAUCGCUCAACGGUGACUCCGCUGGUGGGUGGAACCCUGCCCACUCCCGUGCGCAGGCAGAUAUUUUGGAACACAGCACAGAUCUCGACCACCACCAAGUUCGUGCUGGAUGUGCAGGCCAAUCUGGCCUUUGGCUUUGGCACCGACGGCAAGGAGCGAUUGGCCAGCAAGCACCCGGAAUUGAUACGAUAUCUGCCAGAUGGUGAGGACAGGGAGUGGCUGGCCACUCGAGGCAUUAUUCCCGCCGAGAAUCGCAGUUCUCGGUUCCUAUUUCUUAUCCACGAUGAAGUCUGCCGGCUGCAGCAGACCCAUGAACUGUAUCGCCACAAAACCAACAUUGAUCUCAGCAUGAUGCUUACUUUUAGUGUCACUGAUGCCAUGAUACACAAAAUGAGGCUAUUCUUUGUUGAUCUGAAUAUCAAGAGCCGUGGGCUUAUAACCAACUCGUACAUUAUGCCCAGCCAGCAGCAAUCGGGAAAUGCCAACAACAGUCAUUUGAGAAAUGCCCUGCUCCAGGGCGCUUCAGGUCAGCAACAACAGCAGCAACAGCCGCAGCAACAACAGGUAGCCACGCCGCCGGCUGAAGAAGUGGUGCUUAAAGAACUGCCGGCUGCAUCGCCAACUCCUUGCCUGCAGGGUCAAGUGGUGGGCAGUACCACAACGCCGCUAAAGACCAAGCUGGUUGCCAGUUCCACGCUUAGUUCCUCGCAUGCCACACUUACGGCGCUACUGAACAACGGAGGAGCUGUUGUGGGAGCAGCUCCUCCAGGAAAUUCUGCUCCCAACACCAUCGGAAAAUUUAGAAAUUAAGACGAGUCAAUUAGAUUUGGUUAUUUUGCCAAGGAGUUACCAACUAAAACUGCUUUAUUCUAUAUAUUUUAAAUCAAAAACUUGUAACACACUUUUGUUUCUUUAAAUUUUGUUUUAUGCUGCGUUAGCACGAAUAGCAUUAAUAAAUGAUUGAAGUUUAAAUAAGGUAUCCUUAAAUUUUUUUAAUUAAUUUUUUAUAACCCGUAGAAUGUCAAAAAUUGUUUGCCUAAAUUGUUGACUUGUAGGUUGUUUAUUCGUAUAUGCCACCUAAACCCUCCCACAAUCAUAGACAAUUUCAAAUAAAUAUUUGAUGUUUAUUGAAACUCAAUUUGAUAUACAUA